CCCGUCCCCGGCCCCGGCCCCGGCCCAUGGGGGGCCGCAGGUAGCGCCGCGUGCUCGGCUGGGCCGCAGCCGCGAUGGCCGCGCGCCGCCUGCUGCUGCUCGGGUUCCUUUGCACCACCUGGGCUCAGCCGGCACAGAAGGCAGCAGGCCAUGUCGGCACGUACCACCACGUGGACCGUGCCACGGGCCAGGUUCUGACAUGCGACAAGUGCCCAGCAGGGACCUACGUCUCGGAGCACUGUACCAACACGAGCCUGCGUGUGUGCAGCAGCUGCCCAGCCGGGACCUUCACCAGGCAUGAGAACGGCAUCGAGAAGUGCCAUGACUGUAGCCAGCCGUGCCCGGGGCUGAUGGUUGAGAAACUGCCAUGCUCUGCCUUGACAGACAGGGAGUGCACCUGCCCACCCGGCAUGUUCCAGUCCAAUGCCACCUGUGCCCCGCACACCGUGUGUCCUGUGGGGUGGGGGGUGCGGAAGAAGGGGACCGAGAACGAGGACGUAAGGUGCAAGCAGUGUGCGCGGGGCACCUUCUCCGAUGUGCCUUCCAGCGUGCUGAAAUGCAAGGCCUACACGGACUGCCUGAGCCACAGCCUGGUGGUGGUCCUGCCGGGCACCAAGGAGGCGGACAACACCUGUGGCCCCCGCCUGUCCCUCUCUAGCACCAUCCCGCCCUCCCCUGACACUGCCAUCUCUUCACACUUCAAUCCCAUGGAGUCCCAGGAAGUCUCUUUCUCCAGCUAUGUCCCUGAAGGCACGAACACAACAGAACCCAACUCUUCCGCCUCUGUUAGACCAAAGGUACCGAGUGGCAUCCAGGAAGGGACAGUCCCCAACAACACGAGCUCGGUGAGGGGGAACAAAGACAAAAGCAUGAACAAGACCCUCCCGAGCCUCCAGGUGAUCAGCCACCAGCAGGCACCCCCACACAGACACAUCCUGAAGCUGCUGCCGUCCAUGGAGGCCACUGGCGGCGAGAGGUCCAGCACGCCCGCCAAGGGUGCCAAGCGGGGCCACCCGAGGCAGAGCCCACACAGACACUUCGACAUCAAUGAGCACCUGCCCUGGAUGAUCGUGCUCUUCCUGCUGCUGGUGCUGGUGGUCAUUGUGGUGUGCAGCGUUCGAAAGAGCUCCCGGACGCUGAAGAAGGGGCCCCGGCAGGACCCCAGCACCAUCGUGGAGAAGGCAGGGCUGAAGAAGUCCUUGCCCCCGGCCCAGAACCGGGAGAAGUGGAUCUACUACUGCAACGGCCACGGGAUCGACAUCCUGAAGCUGGUGGCAGCCCAGGUGGGGACUCAGUGGAAGGAUAUCUACCAGUUCCUGUGCAAUGCCAGCGAGAGGGAGGUGGCCGCUUUCUCCAACGGGUACACGGCCGACCACGAGCGAGCCUACGCUGCGCUGCAGCACUGGACGGUGCGUGGCCCCGAGGCCAGCCUGGCCCAGCUCAUCAGCGCCCUGCGUCAGCACCGGCGCAACGACGUGGUGGAGAAAAUCCGGGGUCUCAUGGAGGACACCCCCCAGCUGGAAGUGGACAAACUGGCCCUCCCGAUGAGCCCCAGCCCGGUGGCGAGCCCUAACCCCGACCCCAGCGGGAGGCUGGAGAACAACGCCACGCUCCUCACGGUGGAGCCGUCACCCCUGGACAAGACCAAGGGCUUCUUCGUGGAUGAGUCUGAGCCCCUGCUCCGCUGCGACUCCACGUCCAGUGGGUCCUCGGCGCUGAGCAGGACAGGCUCCUUCAUUACCAAAGAGAAGAAGGACACGGUGCUGCGGCAGGUGCGCCUGGACCCCUGCGACUUGCAGCCCAUCUUUGACGACAUGCUGCACAUCCUGAACCCCGAGGAGCUGCGGGUGAUUGAAGAGAUCCCCCAGGCCGAGGACAAGCUAGACCGGCUGUUCGAGAUCAUCGGCGUCAAGAGCCAAGAAGCCAGCCAGACGCUGCUGGACUCUGUGUACAGCCACCUUCCCGACCUGUUGUAGAACAUGCCGGCACUGCGCUCUGCAGACUGACUUGGUGGCAGGGUGGUUUCGUUUGGUUUCUACUUCAGGUUUUGGUGUAUGUGUGUGUUUAACAGUCUAUGGCCAGUGUACGAGUUCUUUCUUUUCUCUCCUUGUUUUUUUCUUUCUUCUUUUUUUUUUUUUCCUAAAUCUCUGGGAAAUUAGUUUAUAACCCCUUGCAAAGUAUAACUAUUGCAAAAUACCCACCAGUAAAUUUUUAUAAGUUCCAGUUCUCUCUGUUUUUGCCGCCUUAUGUAUUUUCCAAAUUGUUCUGUGCACUUUAAAUUCACAUAACUGACCGUAAAUGCAGUGUGACUUCCUACACACUGGAUUGUGAAGCUCUUCUUAAAGUGUAAUGGCAUCUUGUGGAUUCUAUAAGCAGUCUUCUUAUCUUUCAACAUCUAUGUCUACAUUUUAAAAAAAAAUACAUUAUUGCUAUUUUUAUUAUUGUUUGCCCUUCACAAAGGUUCUUAGGGAUUAAGGAGAUCUGAGAUCCUGUUGAGUUACUGUAACACAAUCACACCUUGAAUUAUCUUCUCAAUAUUCUAUGUCGCACACUUCACAUUCAUAGCUGAAACUUGACCACACUAUUGCAGACCGAAUGGUUUUCACCUGGACACUGUGUAGAAUGCCUGAUUCCUCAUGCUCCUCUUCACGCUAACACGCUCUGGGCUGGAGAAAUGAUUAUCCUCAAGCCAUCAGGACUUGCUAUUUCAGUGGCUUGUCAUCUGGACCCCCAAAGAACUUGAACUUCAUCUUUUAGGGAUUGAGUUGUUCUGGAACACAUUGCCACACUUUGGAAAGUCCAACUCAAGUGCCAGGGGCAUGUUUUCCAUAGAAUUUGCCCAGCUUUGCUUUCAAAGAUGUCUUGUUUUUUAUACAAACAUAGUCAAUAGCUCCAGUCUGCCCUCAGGCCUUGGUCUUGUUGGGUCUCCUCCAUCAGUCACUAUAAUUAAAAAUGGCUACAGCUAUAAGAACUCUUAUCUGAUAUAUUUGCAACUGUGCGCCCUUAUAAACCUACCCUCUAAUGCUCAGUGGCCAGGUUCUAAAAUAGAGGUUGUGUGGCCUCCCUUUGUGCUGGCGGGGUUUUCGGGUAGUGGUGAGAGACUGAUAUCAGAAAAAUGCCUUCAAGUGUACUAAUUUAUUAAUAAAUAUUAGGUGUUUGUUA